AUGGGCAAGAUUGUCUUCUAUGAGGAUAAGAACUUCCAGGGCCGCCGUUAUGAGUGUGACAGCGACUGCUCAGACUUCCAUACCUACCUGAGCCGCUGCAAUUCCAUCCGGGUGGAGAGUGGGGCCUGGGUGGUAUACGAAAGACCAAACUACAUGGGCUACCAGUACGUCCUGACCAGAGGGGAGUACCCGGAGUACAUACGCUGGAUGGGCCUCAAUGAUCGCAUCAGCUCCUGCAAGAUGAUUCAUUUUGUAAGUCAGCCACCACCUCAUCUGAAUGGGACUCAGUACAAGAUGCAGCUGUAUGAGAAGGCAGAUUUUGGUGGCCAGGCCUAUGAAGCUACAGAGGACUGCCCCUCACUGCUGGAGAAAUUCCGCUGGAGGGAGGUCUACUCCUGUAAGGUCUAUGACGGCUUGUGGGUCUUCUACGAGCACCCCAACUACCGUGGACGCCAGUACUUCCUGGAGAAGGGGGAGUACCGCAAGCCCGGCGACUGGGGUGCCGUCAGCCCUGCGGUCCAGUCCUUCAGACGCUUCACUGAGUGA